ACGAAGCUGCGGAUCAACAUGCUUCCUGGCACGGUGCUGGAGCCCGUCUCCGAGUGCUUCCUGGCGAGCCUCAUCAUUGGCUGGGCUGCUCAUUACGUGUUCAGGUGGGACAUGAUGGUCUUCUUCAUGUGUCACUGUCUCGCCUGGUUUAUAUCUGACUACAUCCAGCUGACCGGAGUUCAGGGCGGCCCGCUGUGCUUCUCGAAGCUGGACUUUGCGGUGGCGUGGUUCAUCAGAGAGUCGAUGGCCGUGCAGAUCUUCCUGUCGGCUCUGUGGGACCCCACCAUCAGCUGGAGGACCGGACGCUACCGGCUGCGCUGCGGCGGCACCGCCGAGGAGAUCCUCGAUGUGUAGUUACCACGGCAACCGGCCGCCCCUUCCCCCUCCUCCUCUUCAUUAUGAUGGCGGUGACCGGGAGGAGAGAAAGAGACUGAUGUUUGUUUUUGUUUUU